AGUGGCCAGCUAGCCGGUUCAGCCCCAACUCCGAGGACCGCGGCGGCCGGGACGCGCUAGCCGGACUCCUGUGCGCCUCUUACGGAUGUUUAUCUUCGCCUUCGCUGCGGAACAGCCAUGCCGGAACACUUCGUCGCGUCUCGAGACUUAUGCAGAUUUUAACGACGCUCGCGGACAAAAGAUCUUUAGCUGGCUGCCUAGCUGAAGCGCGCGCGGGGAGGAGAAGCUUCAGAAGAAAGUGCUUCAUUCUGCCACUAAGAACCGAUACUUUGUGACGACCCAUCCGAGCUGCCGCGCGCGCGGGUGGACUGACAUUCCCGACCAAGGUCUUGGGCGAUCUGGCUAAAAUGCACCACCAGCAGCGGAUGGCAGCCCUUGGCACGGACAAAGAACUGAGUGACCUACUGGACUUUAGCGCGAUGUUUUCUCCUCCGGUUGGCAGCGGAAAGAAUGGACCAACCUCUCUGGGAAGUGGGCAUUUCUCCGGCUCAAAUGUGGAGGAAAGAGUGAACUCAGCGGCCUGGGGCAACGGCACACGCAUUGCGAAGAGUUACGUGGACGGAUCUCAGUAUCACAUGGCCAACCGGGACCUCGGCUCACACGACAACAUCUCUCCGCCCUACGUCAACUCCAGACUGGCAGGUAAAACAGAGAGAGCGUCAUAUGCUUACGGGCGAGACUCCAACCUGCACAGCUGCCAUCAGCCGGGCCUCAUGGGAGGGGAGAUGGGAAUGGUCAGUCCGGGGACAGUUUCGCCCACCAAGCCGGGCUCACAGUAUUACCAGCACUACGGCGCCAACCCCCGCCGGAGACCCCUGCACAGCGACUCUAUGGAAGUCCAGACGAAAAAAGUGCGCAAAGUCCCGCCGGGCCUGCCCUCCUCGGUGUACGCACCGCCUGCCAGCACUGCCGAUUAUAACCGGGACUCGCCGGGGUACCCGUCCUCGAAAGCACCCAGCGGCAGCUUCCCCAGUUCCUUCUUUAUGCCAGAUGGUCACCACAGUACAGAUCCAUGGAGCUCCUCCAGUGGCAUGAACCAGCCAAGCUACAGUGGCAUGCUGGGAAAUUCCUCACAUGGCCCCCAAAGCAGCAGCUACUGUGGCCUGCACCCACAUGAGAGACUUUCUGCUCACUCACAGAGUUACCCGUCACAUUCCUCGGCGGAAAUCAACCCCAGUCUUCCACCGAUGUCCACUUUCCAUCGCAACAGCGGAACAAAUCACUACAGCACCGCCUCCUGCACAGCCACCACGAAUGGAACAGACAGUGUUAUGGCUAACCGGGCGCCGAGUGGGGCAGCAAGCAGCUCACAAACGGGGGACGCUUUAGGAAAAGCCCUGGCUUCGAUCUACUCCCCUGAUCACACCAACAACAGCUUCUCCUCUAACCCCUCCACUCCAGUGGGAUCCCCACCCUCUCUCACAGCUGCCAGUUCAGCAGUGUGGUCCAGAAACGGUCAGGGACCAUCGUCCCCCAACUAUGAAGCCCCCUUGCACUCGCUGCAAAGUCGUAUAGAGGACAGGCUGGAGCGGUUGGACGAUGCCAUCCACGUCCUGCAGAGGCACGCAGUCGGCCCGUCCACGGCCAUGUCCUCCGGCCACGCUGACCUGCACAGCCUCAUCGCACCUUCACACUCACACAACGGGGCCAUGGGGGGCCUGGGGGCGGGAUACGGCACCGGCCUGCUGUCCUCCAACAGACACUCCCUCAUGGUUGGUCAUCGUGAGGAGAGUGUUGGACUCCGCAGUGGUCACUCCAUUGUGCCCAAUCAGGUGCCCGUCCCACAGCUGCCAGUCCAGUCUGCCACAUCGCCCGAGCUGAGUCAACCGGACCCUUAUAGGGCUCUCUCCAGUGGCCUGCAGGGUCAGAGCACUUCGUCAGUCAGCUCAGAUAUCAAAUCAGAAGACGAGGGUGACGAGAACCUGCAAGAGAGCAAGGGUUUGGACUCCAAGAAGGACGAUGGAGACAGCAAGGACCUAAAAGCUAUAGAGAGCAACAAUGACGACGAGGACCUGACCCCGGAGCAGAAGAUUGAGCGCGAGCGCGAGAGGAGGAUGGCGAAUAACGCGCGAGAGCGCCUGCGUGUGCGCGACAUCAACGAGGCCUUCAAGGAGCUCGGCCGCAUGGUGCAGCUUCACCUGAAGAGCGACAAACCACAGACCAAACUGCUCAUACUGCAUCAGGCCGUCGCCGUCAUCCUCAGCCUCGAGCAGCAGGUCCGAGAGAGGAAUCUGAACCCCAAGGCGGCAUGCCUGAAGAGACGAGAAGAAGAGAAGGUGUCGUCGGACGGCCCACCUCUUUCGCUGGGCGGGGCUCACCACAGCAUGGGCGACGCCUCCAACCCCAUGGGACAAAUGUAAAAAGCCACACCCUCCCCUAAAUGGUCGAAGUUGCCAGACUUUUUCAAAAUGGUGAGCGACCACUACCUUUGACGACGUCAUUGAUGCUCCUGACCGUCUGUAAAACAAUCAGAUCCAAUCAGAUCAAUCGAUGAAGAUGAUCGACCUUCCAUCUGACCAGCCAGCUUUUUAUUUUGUGUCUUUUCGCGGUUGUUGCUUUUUUCUCGUUCCUCCUCCCCGACCCCGUCAUGUUUUCUUGUAAAAGUAUAUCCUUGCGUGUUCAUUGGCUAAGGAAAAAAAAAAAAGAAAACAGAAACAAACGGGACAAUUUUUUCCUCCUCUUUUUCAACAUUCCUGAGUUUAAAAAAGGAACAGUAAAUAUGUAUGAAAAUAUGACAAAAAUGCUUUUUUUUUUGUUUGUUUGUUCGUUUGUUUUUCUUUGAUUUUCUUUUCUUUCGGAAAAUGUGCAAAUGGUUUUAGGGGACUCUUCAGACAUAUCAUGAUGUUGAAAAAAAAAAAAAAAAAAAGAA